AACAUUCACUUAUAAACAAUAUAAUUAAAACGCAACAAGAUACAUAAAAACGUUUUCCUAAUAAUAUACUAUAAAUUAAGUUAGCAUAAAAUGGUAAUAUAUUUUAAAUUUAUAGUGAUAAUUGUAAGAUGUAAGAAUUCCAGUUUCUUUUUGUGACAUAUACAGAAACAACAAGUGAUGAAUCUGAUAUUUUACAAGUGAUGAAGCUGAUAUUUUAAACAUUAAAUACUAACCAUUUGAAAUAUUGUAUGAAUUACAUAGGGGGAUGUAAUAUUUAAGAAGUACACAUUAGAGGGAUGUGAUAUUUUAAGUACGAAUUUUAGUUAUUUUUAAUGGUACAUACAGAAUUUACAAUUGAUGAAUCUUCUAUUUCUAAACACUAAAUACUAACUGUUUGAAAUAUUGAAUGAAUUACUUAGGGGGAUGUAAUAUUUUAGAAGUAUACAUUAAGAGGGAGGCGAUAGUUUAAGCAAGAAUUUCAGUUUCUUUUGUGACAUAUACAGAGAAUAAACAGGGUAUGUGAAAAAGUAUGAUCAAUUAAUGUACUUCAUAAUAACAUUUUUGUACAAAAAAACAAUAUUGCAUUUUUUUUUUUUAAAUUUGUCUUCAUUUUAAUAAAAUUUUACUUCUAAACAUGAAACAAUAUAUUGAAUGCCAUUCCAUUUAUUGAUGCUUUGAAGAAUCAAAUCGAAGUUCUGUCGCCAGCUGGGCUACUCUAACUGGAUGAAAUGCUAAUUAAAACUGAUUUAAGACGGUAUAAGAAGGAGUUUUUUAAACUAGAUAUGCCAAUAUGCUGCACGGUGUCAAAAUUCCAAUGGAGCUUGCAAUAAUCAAACCAGGUGAUAAAACAAUUCACUCUAUUGACCCUAUGGGAGAACAGAUAGAUUCCAUUAAAAAAGAAAAAGUGAAAUGGAAGUCAGAAAAGUUGGCAGAUGAGAUUUGUGUCGCAUUUGUGAUAGUGAAAUUGGUCCAAAAACUAGAAAAAAAAAAUCAAAAAAAAGAUAAAUGGAUAAAAUAUGAUAUUUGCAUCCCGAAUCAAUGGUACCAUAUGAGAUGGAUUGUUUUUAGAAGUGAAACUUUAUUUUGUAGUGAACAUUUUUAUAUAAAAAUGUAAUAAUAAAUGAAACUUUAAAAAUUGCAA